AUGUCUUUGCCUUCUACCACCGUGACCACGGCCACUCCGCUGUCAUCAGACACUCAGAGUGAAUCACUAAAAGCCGCGAUUUUCCAACGUCUACACCCUCGUGUAUACCUUGAACGAUUUCUAGCAGAAGGAAUAAGACCAGAUGGUCGGACCGAGGCGGAAUGGAGAACGGUAGACAUUAAUAUCGGAUCGAUAUCGACCGCCAACGGAUCUGCACUGAUUCGGAUGGGAGGAACAACAAUCGUCUGUGGCGUGAAAGCUGAGAUUGCAGAACCGGAACUUGAUCGUCCAAACGAGGGUUUCUUAGUACCCAAUCUCGACCUUCCCGCAAUCUGUUCAUCCAAAUUCAAGCCUGGACCCCCAUCGGAAGAGGCACAAAUUCUGUCAGAAAGGCUCAAUGAUGUCCUGGUUGCAUCAAAUAUCCUUUCACUCUCUUCUCUCUGUAUCCAUCCAGGACAGUCUGUCUGGGUUCUUUACGUUGACGCGACGUGCAUAAAUUACGAUGGAAACGCGUUCGAUGCAGCCGUUUUGGCGAUGGUGUGUGCGUUGCGGGAUACCAUUCUUCCCCAAGCGACGUAUGAUGAGGUCACCGGCCGCACGACAUGUUCACCCAUCCAUUCAAACUCGAAACCGGGGUUGAAACUAAAAUUGAACGAGGGUAGCAUACCCAUCGGAUUGAGCUUCGGCGUCUUCGGCGGAACACGUAUUCUUGCCGACCCUACAUCUUUUGAGGAGCCCCUGCUGGACACCUCGGUUUCAAUUGUAAUCGAUGCUCGGGGACAACUUUUCUCCGUAAACCAAACUGGUGUCGGGGUACUCAAAACUGGCGAGCAGGACAUGGAAGUUGACACUACUGUGAACAAGGAGGAUGCUCUACUCCAGUGUAUCUCACUCGCAAAGGAGAGACACCACAAAUUGAAGGAACUUUUGAAUACUGCCAGUCGUGUAACACAUUAUGGCUCCUCCGACCGUACGUAA